AUGAAAUACACCUUCUCUCUCGCCGCGGCGGCUGCCGCCCUCCUCAACGCCUCCGGCACCCUUGCUCACGGCUACGUCUCCGACCUCACCAUCGGCGGCACCACCUACACCGGCUACCUCCCCUACAGCGACCCCUACUACGCCACUCCCCCGGAGCGCAUAGUGCGAAAGAUCCCCGGUAACGGCCCCGUCGAGGACCUCACCUCCGUCGACCUCCAGUGCAACGGUUACCUAGGCAGCGGGUCUGCGCCCGCCCCCCUCUCGGCCACCGUCGCCGCUGGAUCAUCCAUCUCGCUCCACUGGACCACCUGGCCGGACAGCCACCACGGACCGGUCAUCACUUAUCUGGCCAAGUGCCCAGGCGCGUGCAGCAGCUACUCGCCGGGCACCGCCGCGGUGUGGUUUAAGGUUGCGGAGGCGGGCAAGUUGGCGGAUGGAACGUGGGCGAGUGAUCCGUUCAUUACUGGGCAGGCGUACACGUUCACGGUGCCGUCGAGUCUGGCGGCUGGAGAGUACAUUGUCAGGCAUGAGUUGAUUGCGCUGCACUCUGCAUAUGCGUACCCCGGAAUCCAAUUCUAUCCUUCGUGCUUCCAGAUCACCGUUACUGGUGGUGGUUCUUCGACUGGUCCUUCAACCAAGGUUGCCUUCCCUGGUGCUUACACCGCCACCUCCCCCGGUAUCGUCUUUGAUAUCUACCAGGGCACUGGUACAUACACCAUCCCCGGCCCUACUCUCUGGACUGGUUAA